AUGUGGUCUUCUGAGAGGGCGAUCCCAAGGAAAACUCCAGGUGUCUACGAAGUGGAUGCUUAUUCAGCAAUAUUAGCAAAAAUAGAUUCUCUAUACCACAAGGUGGAAAGCAUAUCACAAGUUAAGAAGAACAAUUGUGAAGAAUGUGGAGCUGAACAUAAGACAUCAGAAUGCCCUAUACUAAUGCAAGGAAUUGAGCAAGCAGACUAUGCACAAUGGGGACAACGCCAGCAACAAAAUCAAUAUGGGGAGACUUUCAAUCCCAGUUGGAAGAAGCAUCCCAACUUCUCUUGGAGCGACCAAAAUCAGAACAAGCCACAGGGACAAUUUCAACAACAAGAGAAGAGAGACGUCCCCCCUGCUGAAAAUGAGAUUGCUGUAAAGGAAUCAACUCCAAGGGAAGAUUUAGAAAAAUCAAAGGAUAAGGCCAAGAGCACAGUUAACCCGUACGGGCCUCUGAUUCCCUUUCCACAGCGGUUGAAGAAGCAAAAGAUGGAGCAACAAUAUAAAAAAUUCCUAGAAGUCUUCAAAAAUCUCCAUAUUAACAUCCCGCUAGCAGAUGCACUAUUCCAGAUGCCUAGCCACGCGAAGUUUCUUAAGGAUAUUAUCUCAAAUAAAUGCAAGCUGGAGGACCAUGAGACAGUAAUGCUUACAGAGGAAUGUAGUGCCAGAAUCCAAAAUAAGCUCCCACCAAAACUGAAAGAUUCAGGGAGUUUUACUCUAGCAGAUAGAUCACUGACACACCCCAGAGGGAUAAUUGAAGAUGUACUCAUCAAGGUCAAAAAGUUCAUAUUCCCAGCGGACUUUCUCAUUUUGGACAUGGAAGAAGAUAAGGACAUCCCAUUGAUACUUGGCAGACCAUUCCUGGCAACAGGAAGAGCACUCAUUGAUGUUCAAAGGGGGCAGUUGAUUUUGAGAUUGGGCGAGGAGCAGGUGUCUUUCAAUGUAUUUAAAGCCAUGAAAAUGCCAGCAGAAUCAGACAGCUGUUACCAAGUUGACAUUAUUAAUAAAGCAGUUCAGGAAACAUUCCUACUUCACGGCCCAUCUGACACCUAUGAGACAUGCAUUGCACAAUCCCAAUCAGUUCAGUCGAAUUCUUUUGAAGUUGAAACAUGUGCAAGAUUUUUGGAGACAAACCCGCCAUACGCCCGAACAAAACACUUCGAGAAACUAGGGACAGGAAAUAAAAAGCCACUACCUUCCAUUCAGCAGCCGCCAGUUUUAGAACUCAAACAACUACCGCCACAUCUCAGAUAUGCUUAUUUAGGAGAGUCAGAUACACUUCUAGUAAUCAUUUCAAACACAGUCAGUGAGAUGGAGGAGGAAAAACUGCUCAAGAUACUUAGAGAGAACAAGACGGCGAUUGGUUGGACAAUAGCUGACAUUAAAGGAAUCAGUCCUUCCCUGUCUACACGAAAGGAUCACUUCCCAUUCCCAUUCAUUGAUCAGAUGUUAGAGAGGUUGGCUGGAUAUUCACACUACUGCUUUCUUGAUGGAUACUCGGGCUAUAAUCAGAUACCUGAAGGCAUUGUACUUGGGCAUAGGAUAUCGACAAAAGAAAUUGAGGUAGACAAGGCAAAAAUUCAAGUGAUUGAGAAAUUACCAUCGCCUACAUUAGUUAAAGGAGUUCGCAGUUUUUUGGGGCACACUGGGUUCUACCGGAGGUUUAUAAAAGAUUUUCGAAAAUCACUAAACCUUUGUGCUUUGCUAAUGAAAGAUGUAACCUUUGAGUUCAAUGAGGAUUGUCUCACAGCCUUCAAUACUUUAAAGGAAAAGCUUACGACAGCAUUAGUAAUUGUAGCACCAGACUGGGAAUUGCCUUUUGAAUUGAUGUCAUAUCUCGUCGGGUCUAAAGUCAUCGUCUAUACUGAUCAUGCUACAUUAAAGUAUCUACUCACAAAGAAGGAUGCAAAGCCGAGAUUAAUUCGUUGGGUGCUGUUGUUGCAAGAAUUUGAUAUUGAGAUACGCGAUAAGAAGGGCACCGAGAACGUAGUAGCAGAUCACCUAUCCCGACUAGAACCUGGGGAGACGGAAGAUUUAGUGGAUAUAAAUGAGAUCUUCCCGGAUGAACAGAUGUUGAGAGUGGAUGAAGCACCUUGGUACGCAGAUAUUGUCAAUUACUUGGCCAGUUCCAUUCCACCACCUGACUGCUCCAGUCACCAAAGAAAUUUUUUUUUUGCCGAGUUAAAAUACUAUUUCUCGGAGGAUCCAAUUCUCUAUAGGCGAGGAGCUGAUUAG